CCGCAUUGUUUAGGUAAGAAUCUUUUCAGUUAGUUUAAUUUCUCAUAUUUACAUAGUUGUUCAGUACGUAAGUGCUUAUUAUACCGAUUGACUCCAACCUCUCAGUAACGUCUGAUAAUUCGCAUUUGAUAGCUAAGUCUAAUAAUCCAUGACUCAGUUAAAUGCUUUUUAGUAUCACUUCAAAAUGCAUUCUGGUUGAUAUUUUAGUUACUAUCGAGAUAGUUUGAGCGUUUAAUCUAUUCCAUAUUUUUGGUCAAUUAAAUUCAUGACUUGUACCAUGAAGAAGCAAUACUGCACUCCUUUAACACCAGGUUGCAUUCAUUUAAUACCAUUUGAACCAAUUGAAGGACAAAUACCUUCAUGUUAAUAUUUUGGCAACUCUAGCAAAUCUAUCUCCCCGAAUUACUUAACUUCAUCCCCAUGCGUGCGAUACACUAGUUGGCUUACUGCAAUUAUUGAUCAGGCGUCAUAAUAAAACUGGAUAUUUUGCGUAAAAUGUCUGACAACCAAUCACAAUCGGCUGCCGAAAUCACUAAACUUCUAUCAAAUACAUCACUGAUAUCAUCUAGUACAGAGGAAAAAAUGAAAAUCUACGAGGACACUCCAAAAAUGUUCACUAGCCCAGAACGAAUUACUUAACAACUGACUACUGACUUUCCCAUGGAAUCGUCAACGAGUGGAAUUCAUUAUCUCAGCACGUGGUUGAGGCUUCAUCCGUCGACUCCUUCAAAAGAAAGUUGGAUCAGCUGAGAGACCAUCAUUGCCAGGACUAACGCAGGCCAUCAAGCCUCCUGUCCUUUCCAAACUGAAACUGAUGUGUGUAAGAGCCUGUUGUGGUUUUGCUUUUGUUUGUAAAACAUAACUUAAAAAGGCUCAAUGUUUCAUUUAUCAAGCAUCGAUGCUUUAUAAAAAACACGUUCCAAUGAUAUUAUGCUGAAAUAUGAAAUGUGCGUCGAAUUAACUACAGUAACUAUUUUUGUUUUGUUCUAUAUACCAUCACUACUUUCUUAUUCUUGGUAAAAUCUACCGUUAUUCACUAUUUGUAAUAUUUGCUAUGGAAAAUGUUUGAUGAGCGAAGCAAUUUCUUUGUAUUGAAUGGUUCAAAAGCAGUUGUUUCAAUCAAGAGUUAGUUUUUCUACUAUACUUUGCAAACCGGUACUGUUUUGCAGCAGCUUUCAAACAGAAAUUUGCAAAAGUGAAAAGUGAGAUAAAUUGCUCAAGACUAACUUCUCACUACUUGCCAAUAAUAUUAGAUAUUAAUGCAUAGAAAGCUAUUAUUAUUUCCCUUUCUAGUCAAAGACGAAGCAUUGUCAAGCAAUAAUAACCAAAUAAUCUGCUUAAUCCGCUAGCUUAGAUCCUAAAGAACCUUUAUGGUUGCCCGGUUUUUGUUUAGGAGGAUUAAUAACGUAAUAUACAUUCUUCAGUAUGACUCUGGAACAUGUAUCCACACGGCCAAGAUUUUUUGACAGCUAAAGGCAAAGUAAUGGUUUGCUAAGACAUCUGGUGGCAAGUGAAUGGGACAUAUCGAUGCUUUAUACUAUGUACUCAACAGUUUACUCGAAUACAAACUAAUUUGAUGUUUAAAACAUCGUUGUUAGUAGGACCGAGAAUUUAAUGACAUGGUAAAAAUCCUGUCACAUAAGAGAAUCGUAUCCAAUAAAACUAUCACUUACUGCAGAUUAUCCCAUGGUAAGUAGCUUAAAUCCGAAACUAGUUUUCCAUAAAGUACUUAUAUACCAGACCGAUACUUUUAUCUCAUUUCUGUUCUGAUGACAAUAAAGUUUCUAAAACUGGUCAACUGUACAUAAUUUUACAAAAAUCUGUUAACAUUUGGAACACAUGCCUCAAACAAAAGCCAAUAAAACUAUUAUAAGCAUGCUAAAGUGAAUUUCCAUUGGGUUAUUUGGACGGUUCGUGAUUGUUAGGUGUUUAUCUGAUCAUGUAAAUAUAAACCUCGUUUCUAAAAAAAACUUAUUUCAUCUUACAUGAAAUCAACAAGGGUGGUUACUAAACAAAGUUUGUGGAAUGAUCAGAUUCCAAUGCUUUUUUGUUUUCUUUUUAUCCAGAACAUCCUGUAUAAAAGGUGUAAUUUUUAGCUUACAGAAAGUACUGAACUGCAACACGUGGUAACAGUAGUAUAUUAUAUUUUGAAGAGGAAUUUAUGUUUACUAAGUACAGUUCAACAAAGGAAAAUGGAGAAAGUAAUUAAACCGCCGUACAUAAAGCAACCACCGAGUUUUAUCAUUAUAGUGUAUGCUGUUUUGGUUAAGAAACUAUUGAAUAAAUUGAAUUAUUUUGAUUUUCAGUAAUAUCAUAUGGAAUGACAAUACAUAUAAUUCCUGAUCCUUAUCCCUUCAGACUGUAAUCGAAAGAUAAGUUAGUUAAAAUAAGUUUUAGUUGGUGUCUUUCUCUAAAACAAUCUAAUAAUUAAAUCGCUUCAUCAUUGAUUCCUGCAUAAAAACGGCACAAUUAUAAAUUCUCAAACAUAAAUCAAAAAAUUCUUUGGACUUUUCAAUAAAUUAGCUCACGAAUAUUGUAAAUUCGAUGUGAAAUCGACUUGAAGUGAAUAAAAGAACCAAAUACAUACUGAUUUGCUUUCUGGUGGUUGAAUUCCUAAGGGAAAUAUUAUCAUGGCUUUCAUUAGAUCAAAACAAUCAAUUAUGAAACAAUAAAAGCCCAUAAAACAUAAUAAAAUUAUCAUCUGAAUUAACGUUUCCAUACCUUUUAUUGACAUAUUCUUCAUUUAUAUGUUUAUCGUAUUUAUUAAAUAGCACUGUAUACAAAUACUAGGUCGAUCAAGGUUGACAGUUUGACGUAGUUUUAUCGACAAGAUGUAAACAAAUGAUUGAAUAUUUAAUUUUAGCUUAAAUUACCUGACUCUAAACACAGUGUUUUGGAUUCGUGUAUAUUUUUUGUAAUCUAUAAUAUAUAGAUCAAUGUAUAGACCAAUAUGUCUUGAAAACAUACCUUGUGUUCGAGUUUUAGUUGAACGUUGAACAGUUAUUAUUCAUUUAUCAUUUAGAAAGAAUAUAUUAUGAUUAGUAUUUCUAUAUCUUUUGUAUGAAAAUUUCUUUUAAGCAUAUUGAGCUUUAUAGUAUAAUUUAAUCAUAUUACUAUGAAUGUAAAAUUUUAAUCAGUUUAUAAAUACUGUAUGUAAAACCAAUGAUUUGACUGAAAUGUAAAACAACUGAAUUUCAGAUACCAUUUUCUAAGUAAUAGCAUCUUCAUUAUUGGUGUGAGGCGUUGUCUUUUCUUAUAAAACAGUUGACUCAAUUAUUGUGAUUUGACAAACCGAAGAAUAAUCAUUGAGGCAUUUGAAAUGGUGUUUGUUACUGUCAAGUUCUCGUCGUAAACUUUAGGAUAAGUUUAUCUGAUGAUUCAUAAAUUAAAUAAAAUGAGUUUUAUAACAUUCGCCUCUAGCCACUCUAUUAUUUGCUCAAUAUUAGUUUUCAGUAGACUGUUUAAUUACUGUUUAAUACUAGCCUGAUCUAUCCAUAAGCUCAAUUACUCAAAUUCACAAAGAAGUCUUAGUGCCUUCUAACGUCUAUCCUUUUGUUUAUUCUGGUGAGCGUCUUUUCAGCAAGGCGGUUUUCUUCAAAAUGAGGUUUCUGAUCCCACGGUCAACCUUCCUUCUUUACUCGGGCUUUGAACCGGCAGUAACCCUGGAAAGAAUACAGACAGAGAUGGAAAAGCUAUGAGAGAUUUCGAAACUUCCACAUAUCUAAUGUGAAGGUAAGGAUUGGUGAAGCAAGUGCCGCAUUCCUACAGUUGAGGAACAUAUGGAACUCAAAAUAACUGUCAGCCAAUAUCAAAGUGAGAAUCUUCAAUACGAAUGUCAGGAUAGUUCUACUACAUGGAGUUGAAACUUGGAGAACUACUACAACCAUUAUCAAAUAGUACAAGCAUUUAUAAACAAUUGUCUACUCAAGAUACUGAAUGUCCGUUGACCGAUUACCAUCAGGAGCAGCCCACUGGGGGAGAGAACAAACCAGCUUCCAUCUGAAAAGAAAAUCAACAAACGACGAUGGGAUUAUAACAGACAUACAUCAUUGAAAUCAUCAUAUUGCAUCAGAAGGCAAACUUUAACUUAAACUCGUGAACGGAAAUGGAAAAAGGAAGACCAAGGAACAAAUUGCGUCGGUAUUUGUAAGCAGACAUGAAAAAGAUUAAUAGAAACUGGAAACACCUGGAAAGGAUUGUUCAAAACACAGUUGACUGGAGAACGUUGGUGAUUGGCCUUUGCUUCUUGACGAGGAGUAACAGCCGUAACCCUUUCAUUAUCCUGCUAAUCCAUUCAAAAAUUAAUUGAAUGGAGAUGUUGAAAGAGUAUGUCAUUAUUUCGAAGAUUUUUCACAUGUAUUUCUACUGAUAAUUAUCCAUAUUCAUAUACAACGAACCUUGUACAAGAUAAUACAAAAAAAAUUCCUAUUAAUAAAAAUUGUAUUAUAUGUCAUGAAUCCGUCGUAACUUGUUUAAAUAAUCAAUCCAUUCAGAAGCAAGACUAUUUAUCAUCAUCAACAACUCCAAACUAUCAACAAUUAACAACUGAAGAAAGUCGAAAUAUUCAAACAACACAACCAGAAGCUAUGUCAGUUUGUAUUUCUUGUACAGAUGUGCUUGAUAAUAAUAAAAAUCUACUAAGUGAUAAUAAGAUGUUUGACGUGACAACUUCAUCUUAUCGAUACAGUUUAACUCAUCCAUGUACUACUAGUAUUGUUACUACUAAUCCAACGACAACAACCCUACCGACAUCAACAGUAACAUGUGUUUCAAUGAAUGAUACAAAUGAUAUAAAUUCUACUGAAAAAUCAAUUAGUUUACAAUGUUCAAAAUUUAUCACACGUUGGAUUGCCCAUUGCCCAUUUCAAUGGAGUAUAAAAUCGUCAAAUAAUAAAAAAACUACAAUUAAUAAUAAUGAUUGGCAAACAACAACUAUCAUUCCUAACAAACCAACUACACCUGUAUCCACACAAGCACUUCAACAAGAUUUAUCAAGUUCAAUUGAUAAAACGAUACAAAAUACGAAUAAUGAAGAGAAUGUUAAUGAAUUCAUUGAAGAAUGUGUUAUACCUAUUCCUGUAUUCAAUUUAUUUCUAUAUUUAGCACAAGAAGGUGUCUAUGCAAAAGAUUUAUUUCGACGACCUGGAAACAUUGCUCAAAUAAAACAUAUCCUACAAAGUUUUGCAUCUGAUCAAGUAAUCGAUUGGAAAGAUUAUAAUAUUCAUACUGUAGCAACAGUUGCUAAACGUGUUUUAUUCAAUAUACCAAAUGGUUUAAUUGGUUUAAAAAGUGAAAAACAACUUCUACGUACUGCUUUAUUAACACAACAACCAUUAAAUGACAAUAAUCAAUUAAAAACAAUACGUAAAACAUCUACAAUCCAUCUUCAAGAUUCAUCUAAUUUAGAAAUUACUAAUAAUAAUGUUAAAAUAUCUACCAAGUCUACAGAGAAUUUACAUCUAGAUAUAGAUAAACCUUUGAAUACUUCAUCAUUCAUUUCUGUAUUAGAUGAAACAAAUCUAAGUAGUAAUGACAAGAAUGAACAACAUACCAAUAAAGAAUGUACAGAACAAUUAGAUGAUUUACUUAGACGUGCUAUAGUUAUCACGAAUAUUAAUACAACUCAGCAAUCUAAUACGGUUAAUUUAUUAUUUUCUUAUGGUUCAAUAAAACAAAUUUAUCAAUUGACCCCAGUGGAUGUAGAACGUAUACAAGUUUUCCAAAAUAUACUUAAAGAUUUAACUGUAGCACAUCGUCAACUAACAAUAAUGAUUUUUGGUAUACUACAUCAACUUGUAUUCAAUAUGGCAUAUAAUACAGCAAAUCAAAAUCAUGAAUUAGAAAAAGAUAAUGAUGAGUUACCUAAUAUUCCAUUACUUAAAUUAGCUGAAGGAGUUGUAAAGUCUGUCGCUGGUUCAAUGUUUCAUUCUUGUACAUCGUCAAUAUUAUUAAUCAAUCAAACGACACAGGUACUUCAAUCUCUUGUUAUUUGUUUUCCUGUUAUGGAUAAACAAUUUACACAAUUCUAUUGGGAUAUAUUAAAUAAUCGUUAUAAAUUACGAAAAUCAAAAUUAACUCAUUUUUCUGGUGUAAAAAUCAUCAAACCGGGUGGUACUAUACGUUCAGAAUCUUGUUCAUUUAUGCUUUAUUCUAAAUCAACUUAUUCAACUCGUAUAAUAAAUGCUGCAGGACGCCUUUUCUGUUUAAAGAAUUCUAAUUCCACUAAUGUCACCGGUAAUAAUAAUAUUAAUGAAGUACAAACAGCACCAACAUCAGUUAUAUCAUCGGCUAAACAUUUUUGUUUUCCAUCAAAAGAUUCAACUCGUCAGCUAGAAAAGUCAAAACAAUAUUUAUCAAUACAUCGUGAAGCAUCUAUAGAGUCAUCGUUUUAUCAAAAUAUCAAUGAGACUAAUAAUCAAAUCAAACAGACAGAAAUAAUCGUUGAUCAGCCUGUUGAUGAACCACUCGUAACGUUUACUGAUGCACCAGAAGACAAACAAGCAAAGAUGAAAGAUGUUAAAUUUUCAUUAUACUCUAAAGUUGAUGUACAUGAUGAAUUAAAUAAACUUUUAACUAAUGAAUUCAAUACAAAUUUACAUUCGAAUAAUAAUAAUAAUAUCAAAUUACGACGUAAUCAUAGCCGUUAUCAUUCAUUACGUCGACGUCAAAUGGAAAAUUUAACAAAACGUGCUGAAUGGUUUUUAAAACCUACGAUCCUACCUAAAUUAACUUUAACAUUAGAUCAAUUCAAAGAUAUCACACAAACCAAUUCAUUAUACGAUAAUCAUCCUAAUUUACAAACAACCAUGUCUACUAUAUCAUUAUUAAAUAUACAUAAUGAUAAUAAUAAUAAUAAGAUGCCAACUAACAGUAAUCUGUUGAAUAAUCCAAGUAUCAUACAAAUGAUGAAGCCAAGAAUCUUAUUUACAUCAUCAACGAAUGAUUUAAUUCAAUCUAACUAUACUAAUCAAUUAGAUACGGUAUGUUUAUCAACAUGUAAUACAUCAUUAUUACAUAAUCGAAAAUUGAAACAAUCAAAUUUAUGUUCAUCCUUAUUAUUACCACCAAAUUAUGGUCAUAGUUAUAGUAGUUUAUUAAAUGAUAAUGGAUCAUCUAAUUCUUAUGUUAUCCCUUCGAAUUUAUUAACAGAAGAAGAAGGAGAUGAAGAUGAUGAAGAUGAAGAAGAAGGAAAUAGUAAUUCAAUGAAUCCUAUGAUAUAUUAUCGUAUGACUAAACAUUCAUUACCAUAUGAUUAUAAUGAUAUCAAUAGACAUUUAAAAUUUAAUUGUCCUGAUCGUUUACAAUCAACUAGUUAUGAUAAUUUUCAUACAUUUUCAUAUCCACCAAUUAUUAUAAAUGAAAAUAAUUGUGAUAUCACUCCCACGAGUGUUUCUAUAUGUAGUACUAAUCAUACAAAUACAACUACUCUAUCAUUAAGUGUUAAAAAUGAUCUAUUUAAUACGAAAUUAACAUCAUCUACUACCUCAGGUUUAGGGCUCAUUUCCAAAUCAGAUGUACGUUAUUCUGAUUGGUCAAUUGAUCAACCAAUUAGAAGUGAACUUUUAAGUCGUCGGAAUAGUGCUACAUUACAAUCAUCUAAAAUAUUACCAUCAUAAAGUUAAUUUUAAUCAAGAAAUGAAAUGAAGCAUAAAUUUUAAGGAAAAAAGAAAACAGCUAAAAUUUCAUUUAUUUAUUUAUUAUCUUUGCUCAUUGCUUCAAUACUUAUAUCAUUUUGUACACAGAUAUAUAUUCAAUGUUGUUCGUCCUAGUCAAUGUUUUAUUAGUACAAACUGUCUUUCUCUUUCUCUUGUUUAACUUUGUAGAUUUUAUUUACAAAUCUAACAUAUGCUUUACGAUCCUUCAAUACUACUCAUUUGUAUAUAUAUAUAUAUAUAUAUAUAUAUAUAUAUAUAUAUAUAUAUAUCAGUGACAAUUGCAGGGAGAUGCAAACUAUUCAUUACAUCACAUACACUUUGUGCUAAAGUCAUACAAGCUUAUGAUAUUAGUUUGUGGUUUGUUCACUAAGUUGAACAACAAAUAAAUAACAAACAAACAUUUCUGGCAUUUACUUCGAAUGAUUAUUUUUUUUUUUAUUUACUUAUUUGUAAUUUUACUAAUUUCAAGUGUUUUUUUAAAGAAUUUCAUUGACAAAAAGACGAUCAUUGAAAAUCUUGAAGGAAAACAUAUUUGCGUUCACACACACAUACACACUUACUGAUAAACAGUUAAGGAAUGCAUUUUUCGAGUUUUUCUUGAAUCAUAUAAAUAUGAUCCAUAGAAAAAAAAACUGUUUGUACAUUCUGUGCAGAUAAUUGUCAUAGUGAUUUUCGUUUCUUUUUCCCCCUUUCCUAAUAAUUAUGAAUGAGUCAUAGGUGUGUGUGUAUAUAUAUGUAUAUAUGUGUGUGAGUGUGUGAGUAUACAUUUCUGUGAAUGUAAUUGUUUAAUCAUCUUUUUUUGCUUAUAUGUUCCUUUUUGAAAAACAAAUGAUUACGUCAUUACAUUGCAAAUUGUUUACUUUUUAAUUUUGUUUUACUAAGUGUUUUUUUGUUAAGGGGUAUUUUUUUUAAAAAAUUUUUAUUCAAUUGUCAAUAAUUUUAUUUUAUGCUAAUUUUUUAAAAAAAAAGAAAACUUACGAUUGAUCUGUAAUAAGAACAAAACAUGCUGUGUGUGUGUUUUCAUGCAGGAAAAAAAAACAUUUUUUUCUAAACUUAAGUUCAUACUAUUCACUGUCAAAUUAUAUUCAUAAUUAUUUCCCCUUAUUUGUUUAUGUAAUAAAUAAUAAAAAAGUAAGGAAAAGUACGUAUGGCUACUUAAAUCAUUUGUAUUCAUUGACUAGUCUUUCUCAAUUUCUGUUAGAGGCAAGAUGGCCAUUAUCAUUUCCUGAUUGAAUAUAUUGUGGUA